AUGUUCUCACGACGAAGCUUCGAACGCUUCUGCGCACUUGUCCUAAGUCUUGCUGCAACUGGCACACUUGUUGAAGCCGGGCCCUGUGAUAUCUACGCAUCCGGCAACACGCCCUGCAUUGCCGCGCAUAGCACAACUCGCGCCCUGUACAACGCCUACACUGGCGCCCUCUACCAGGUCAAACGUGGCUCCGACGGUACCACGACCGAUAUCUCGCCGCUUUCCGCUGGUGGGGUUGCGAAUGCCGCUGCCCAGGACACGUUCUGUUCAAGCACAACUUGCUUAAUCACGAUCAUCUACGACCAGUCUGGCCGGGGUAAUCAUCUUAAACAAGCACCGCCCGGUGGCUUCAAAGGCCCUGAAGCUAAUGGCUACGAUAACCUGGCCAGCGCGGUUGGCGCACCGGUUACGCUGAAUGGCAAGAAGGCCUACGGCGUCUUCAUGUCACCUGGCACCGGCUACAGCAACAACGCCGCCAGUGGCACGGCUACAGGGGAUGAAGCUGAGGGUAUGUACGCAGUGCUCGACGGAACCCACUACAACGGUGCUUGUUGCUUCGACUACGGCAAUGCCGAGGUCAGCAGUACUGAUACGGGCAACGGUCACAUGGAGGCCAUCUACUAUGGUGACAACACCGGCUGGGGCUCUGGCGCUGGGAGUGGUCCUUGGCUUAUGGCUGACCUUGAGAACGGCCUGUUCUCCGGUCUUAGCUCAGGCAACAACGCCGGCGACCCGUCGUUGUCUUACCGUUUCUUCAAUGCGAUUGUCAAGGGAGGGCCGAACCUGUGGGCCCUCCGCGGUGGAAAUGCUGCGUCCGGUUCCCUAUCGACAUACUACAGUGGUGCACGUCCAAGCGCAUCUGGAUACAACCCGAUGAGCAAAGAGGGUGCCAUCAUCCUUGGUAUCGGCGGCGACAACAGUAACGGCGCCCAAGGCACAUUCUACGAGGGUGUAAUGACCUCCGGCUACCCGACCGAUGCCACCGAGAACUCCGUGCAAGCUAACAUCGUAGCUGCCAAAUAUGCUACCGCGUCGCUGACUAGCGGGACGGCGCUUACCGUCGGUUCCUCGAUCUCGCUGCGGGCUACUACAUCCGGCUACACGACGCGCUACAUCGCACACACCGGCGCAACGAUAAAUACUCAGGUUGUCUCUUCAUCCAGCGCGACCGCCCUUAAGCAGCAGGCUAGCUGGACGGUUCGCGCCGGUCUUGCAAAUAGCGCUUGCUUCUCGUUCGAGUCUGUCGAUACCCCGGGAAGCUUCAUCCGACACGCUGACUUCGCGCUCGUGCUUGCUGCCAACGAUGGCUCGAAGUUGCUCUACGAGGAUGCCACAUUCUGUCCGCAGACCAGCCUCAAUGGCCAGGGCAGCUCGAUUCGAUCCUGGAGCUAUCCCACUCGCUACUUCCGCCACUACGAGAACACGCUCUACAUUGCGAGCAAUGGCGGUGUUCACACGUUCGACUCCGCUACUUCUUUCAAUGAUGAUGUGAGCUGGGUGGUCAGCACCGGAUUUGCAUGA